AUGAGACACAAAAUUCUCAUUGCUCUUGCAUAUUUGGUAGUGGCACUGGUGGAAAUCUUUUCAACAGAUGCCCAAGGCAAGGAUCCAGCGUCCAGCUGGUUCUCUGUAUUAAAGUUGUACUAUUGGCACUGGCUGGUGGCAGCAAGCGUUCUUAUUGUUUACUUGGCUGUAAUUUAUGGGACAUACGUUCCUGAUUGGAAAUUCACUGUCCUGAACAGAAAUAGUACUGUUGAGAUGACAGUAGCCUGUGGCAUGAGUGGGAAACUGGAUCCUCCUUGUAAUGCAGUAGGAUACAUCGACAGACUGGUGCUAGGACUCAAUCACAUGUAUCAACAUCCAGCUUGGAAGAGAUCUAAGGCUUGCACUGAUAACUCCCCAUAUGAAGGGCCUUUCCGAAGUGAUGCUCCUUCAUGGUGCUAUGCUCCUUUUGAACCGGAAGGAGUUUUAAGGUCUGUUAAAAUCAUUAGUAAUUCAUUUCAUUUUGAUGAACAUUGGAACUCAUGCCUCGAGUCUAGAUUCUAAUUGGUGGGUAAACAGUUCUAUCUUUUUUUCCAAAUAAUCUAAUGACAUAAGAUUAGUGACAUAGUGAGAAUUACUGUGAAUUUUGGCUGUCUAAUUGAUUUUCAGCUAUCCUUUGUAGUGAGUAUUACUGUGAAUUUUGGUUGUCUAAUUGAUUUUCAGCUAUCCUUUGCCAAACUAGUUUGUGAAGGACAGUGCUAAGAAUGAAAGAAAAGUUUAAUAUAAUAACACAUUAUAUCUACACAAAUUUAAAAAGAAAGGAAUUGAAGAUGAGAACUUAUUGUUAUUCCUUAAAAAGUUAAAAAUAUACUUGAGAAGGCUUCCCUUACUCUAAGAGGCAAGCUUACCCUUUUAACCACUUGAUUGCAGCAAUUUACUCACUUCUUACACCCAGAGAGUAAUGUUCUUAAGCAUGAAUCUCAUGAAUGUUCCAAUUGGCAAUGAUGGGAAGUCUAUGAUGAAUGUGCUCCAACUACUGAUGUGGUGGAUUUGUGAACCUUGAAAAUUUA